AUGGAUGGCCCCAUUAUCGCAGCGACCACCGCUGCCCUCGCCGCCGCCACCCAGACCGCCUACAUCGUCACCGACUUCUUGAAGGAUGUGCCACCGGCCCACAGCGAGCUGGAAUCCGUGCUGAUCGAAUUGUUUGACCUGCGCGGCUUUUUUGAGCGCCUCCAGCACCUGACGCCACCCGAUGUGCUGUGUCACCCACUGAUUGGGGUCACACGUGGUUGCACCGAUGUUUGCGGCCGGAUUGACUCUGUACUCACCGGGUGUGGAGAUGGCCCACUCCGGAGCGGCCGUUGGGCUCUCACCGACGCCUCGGUAGACAUCCGAAGAUUCAGCAAGGCGUUGGGCUUUUGUCGUCAGACUGUGCAGUUUGCAUUUGAAGCUAUCUCUAGGGACGUGAGUGAGCAAACUAUUGCCGAUAUUGACUAUGUGCGAAAGCACCUGACCCCAAACGGCUUGCGUGUUGCUCGUUUGGAUGCCUUACUUGCUCAUUGUCUCGACGAGGUUGAGAAUUACGUUGCGGCAAUGGAAACCUUACCAGCUGACACGCCGGAGACUCCGGUCGCCGUGGACCAACUCCCGCCAACGACACCAUCAGUCCACACCAUGAUGACGUCCUUCAGGAGAAGGUUAUCGGACUCAUCGGAGCAGGGAGAAAUGAGACCGUAUUCCGCGACCAGCUCUGAGCUUCAGUCAAUCUCCGAGGGUUCGGCCCACUCGCACCUUGGGGCCGCUCCGGAGGACGGCUUCUCAGACGCACCGGGCCCGGGACCACGAAGACUGAAGCCCUCACCCCUGCAGCUCACAGUGAAAAGUCUUUCACUCGGUGACGUUCGUCCUUCACCUGGUUACAGCCUCUUCCCAUCCCCUCCACCGACGAAAAGCCUGCCACCUAUACCACCACCUAAGUCACCGCACAGGCGUAACGGCUUGUCGACGUCAACAAAUCGAGCGCCCAGUAUCCCCGCCAAGUCAAGGUCUAGAGCUGCCUCCGAAACAACUCGCGAACUAAACCGCGACUCAAAGUUCUCAUCCGUGAGUGAGGCAGCUUCGAAACGAUACUCGACGGCUUCUUCAUUCGCCAAGCCACCUGUCAGGUCGAGCUCCCAUACGUAUGAGCCGCCACUGGCCAGCCCGAAGCCAACGGUUUCCACUUUCUCCGAAGAACCGGGACUUGAGAUUGUCCCAGUGAGGCGUUUGGAGCCCGGUGAUAAGGACAGCUCCCACGGCGUUUACUCGAUUGAUACCUCUCCCACCUCCACCGUGUUGGCUAGUCGCCAUGGCAAAACUCACGUCAACCUGUGGGAUCUCACCUCCGGCUGUGAACUGAUUACUACCAUCAAGGUCUCCUCCAAUGUACAGGCACAGCCACGCUCCCGCGACAAUUUCAUCCGCUCUCAUGCCAUACUUUCCGAGACCCUCAACCUGGUCGUCAUCGCCUCGGGCUUCGGGCACACGCUCGAGAUCCACAACUGGGCCAAGCGCAAGAAGGUGCAGACCAUCAGCGACGCGUACAGGUGGGCGUACGCGAGGCAGGCACAGUCAGAGUGCUACCCGCUCGCCGCGUACCGCGAGGACAAGGACACGAUUGACCUAUUCCCAUCGUCACCGCCAGCGUCCAAGAAGCCGUUCGGCAAGCCACGGUCCAUCGAGCUGAGGAAGGCUGGCCUGCCACACCUGCCCAAGCUCCCGGAGCUGGCCUACUCGGCGACGGGACCACUCCUGGUCGCGGCGGCCGGCCCGCGCCCGCCCCGGCCAAACUGCCCCCCACCGGAGCAUGCCGCCCUGCUGAUGGCGUGGCGGCUCGAUGACGACGCCGGGCUGGGCCACAGGCCGUAUAAAUUCCUGAUGCCCAGCCGCAAGCAACACCCGGAGCUGGAGUACUCGCUGGCGCUGAGCCUGGUAACAUACGGCAGCGUGGCAGUAUCGGUGUGGAUCCCGGCCAAGUUCAGGACAAUCGGGCGGCCGGGCAUGUGGCAGGUGGAGCCGGCCGUUAUCACGGAAAGGGUGGUCCUGGUAUGGGACUUCUCGACCGACAAGACGACGACCUACAAGAUCCCUGACGCGCUCAACUGCGUCAGCCCGGACUGCCGCUUCGUGGCAUACUGCGACCCGGGGACGCCGCAGAGGACGGGGGGCCUCGCGGUGCUGGACGCGAUGAGCGGGCGGGAGCUGUGGCGGCUGGGUGGCAACAAGGCCGCCGGAUGGGACGGGCGGUCUGUCUCGAGCAGGCGGAGCGGGCGCAGUUCGCAGAGAAGCGGGCGGUCGUCCGAGAGCGAGCCCGGCGGCGGCGGCGCAGCCGGGCUGGAGAAGCUCGGCGGGGACCUGGACAGGGUGACAGAGCUGGCGUUCUCGGGCGACGGCAGCAGACUGUUUGUUGGCGACGUUGAUGGCGGCGUUGGGGUUUAUGAUAUUAGGGAGGGCAUGGGUAUUGGGCGCGAAAAGUCUUUGCAGCAGGAUACCCAUUAUUUUUAA